CAAUUAAUACUGCAAACAUUCCCAAGACAAAACAAUUACCGUCACAACCAAGGAAAGAAGAUGACAAAAGUGCACUUGAAUAUUUUCCAUGAGUCAUCCCGGCCAGGUGAGGGCAGCCAUCUUGAGGAAGCAAGCACCAGCCAUGGGGAAGAAGAACAGCAAACGGAAGCAGUACUCGCUUUUAUGUGCACUAAAGUUGCAAUUCUACCAUACAUCUCCUUUCGGAUUGUGUGACCUGCUUUUGAAAACAACUAAAUGGAGCCCAACCUCACAUUUCUAGGUGCAGUAUAGCAAAGGGAUUUUUUUACCAGAUGGCAUCCAAACCUAAGGUCCAGUUAGCGCCGCUGCCAUGGCCUGAACUCCUUCUCUACUGGCUGCUGUCCUUUGGGUCGCAUCUCUAUUCUUUUUAUGAACUUCACAUAUUCUCAAAAGAACACGAAGCGGGAUUAGACAGAGAAUUUCAACUGGAGAGUGGACUCAUUCACGGUUUUAAAAGGGACGCAGCAGACUUUGAGUGGACCUUCUGGACCAAGUGGGCUAAGAAGUCCCUGCUCUGGACUUUAAUCGGACAUGGUGUCAUAUCCAGAUUCUGCAGCAUCUUCUACCCACAGUUUAGAGCAGCGGUGCUCACAGUUUAUGGAUUCUUAGCCGCCAGCAGCGUGUUGGGGCUUAAAGGUGUGAGUGUGCUGCUUCUGCAUCUGGUGUUGUCCUUCACCGUGGCCCAGCUGAGACGACCAGCUUUGUCGUGGACCUGCAACUUGGUGCUACUGUGCACCCUUCACAUUCGACCGCUUCAGGAGAUCCAGAGAGGCUGGUAUGACAGCGAGGAAGAGUACUACCUGCUACUCUUCAGCGUUGCCGUGGGCAGUCUACGCCUCAUCAGCUUCAGCCUGGAGCACUGCUGGGGUCCCUCGGUCCGCGCCGGCGCUUUGCAGCUCUGCUGGUUGUUUUCGUACGCCUUCUACCAUCCAUUUUUCUACAACGGACCCAUCAUCACGUACAAGGACUACGUAGAGCAGAUGCAGAAGCCUGCAGAGGAGAGUGACAGGCGCAAAUUCGGCUUCUCCUACUUGUUACUCAGGUCAGGACGUAUUCUGAUGUGGUGGUGCAUUGCAGAAUACAUGAUCCAUGUCAUGUACAUGCACUCCAUUCAGUCCAAUGAGACCUACCUGGAGAUUCUUCCACCUUGGGCAUUGGGUGGUCUGGCGUUGGCCUUGGUGCAGUUCUUCUUCGUCAAGUAUUUGGUUCUGUUCGGCCUCCCGUCCAUGUUGGCCACCCUGGACCAACUGGUUCCUCCCAAUCUGCCUCUCUGCGUCAGCAUCAUGUACAGCUUCACCGGCAUGUGGCGGCAUUUUGACAAGGGUCUGUAUCGAUGGCUCCUCAGAUACAUCUACGUGCCUCUGGGCGGUUCGCAUCACGGACUUCACUACAAGAUGUUGUCCACGGCGCUGGCGUUUGGCUUCGUCUGCCUUUGGCACGGCGGCCAUGACUACCUACAGUACUGGGCCCUGAUGAAUUGGCUGGGGGUUCUGGUGGAAACGGGCCUGAAGGCUCUCAUUGGCUCGGCACUUGUUUACUCCUUUUUUGAGCGGCAUUUCUCUGCGGCAACGAGGAGGCGCUGCGCCGCGUUCCUGUCUGCAUUCUCCACCGCCAUGCUCAUCCUCUCUAAUCUGGUCUUCCUUGGGGGGAUUCACGUCGGCAGAAUCUUCUGGAAGCGUGUCUUCCUUCAAGGCUGGUCCACCGUGGCGCCGCCCAUGCUGGCCUUCCUCUACUGCUUCGCCCAGGUCGGACUGGAGUGGACUUCUCACCCGUCGUGAGUCACCUUGACUUUGCAACACGCAAGCCGAGAUGCUUGCAAACUUGUCAAUAAAACACUAACACGGCCAAAAAAGCACACUCGGAGCUUGGCCGACGGCCACGGAAGCUGGCCAAAAAAGCUCCGAGGGGGGGCGGGGGGGUUUAGGGGGUCCGUGCUUGUUUGUUUUUGGUCAUCUCCACACUGUAAAUGACGACUGCACAUGGGUGAUUUGACUUCAAAAUAUGAACGUAACUUUCAUCAGUCUUACUGAUGCAGAGGAAAAAAGGCUGAUGUUUACACUCACACUAGCGUUAGCUUAAUGAGCGUCGCUAUUGCCCCUCCACAUGUAAUUUGGGUGACACUAAUAUCGGUAGAUGCAUUAGCUGAGCCGCCGGGCUCCUUCUUAAUAGAUGACAUUCAUCCUACCCAAUGCACAGACUAAUUGCUCUUUUUGCCGCAAAGCUAUUUCCGACCAGUUAGUCAAAAAAAUAUAUAUAUAUAAAUCUACCUCAGUGUAAGCGUGCGUUGCCGUAUUGCAGCGUGUCGUCCACCAGAAAUAAACAUCAGCUUUGAUGUGAUCUACAGCUGUUUUUCCUCCAUUUGUGCGUAUUCUAUAUUCUCAUACAUGCACACAUCUUUCUCAUUUAGAAAACGUAUGUUGCUGACGUCGUUUAGCAAUAACGAUGACGUUAGUAAACACUAUAUGUUGACUAAAAACAGUGCUUCUCUAAAUGUUUUCUUUUUUUGGGGGGGGUCCACCAAUCCACUUAAACGAGCAGCAAACUGUGAAGCUUGGAUGAGUGGAUGAGUUGAUCAACAUCUACGAUAUCAGCAUAACAUAUAGCGAAUGACAGCUUUACAGAUGCCAUGUAUGUGUACGACAAUGAUGUCCUAGCAACAGCAAUUUGACGCCAUGCAACACUAGGGUGUUGUUUUGCGGCGGUGCAGCAAUUAAUGACAGGAAGUGAUGUUUCUCCAGUCUGUGCUUGAAGUUGACAGUGAAAAGCGCACAAUAGAAGUUAAAAAAAACCCAAAAAAGGACACACUGAGUGAGUUUCCAUUAGCUGAUUUUGUCGU